UUUGUCCUAGUAAAAAGGGCAACUUUAGCUAUGAAGCUGUGAAAGCUACAUUCUUGAACGCCUGGAGCUGAAAAUUAUGGUUAAAUUAGGCCUUUGGGCUAAGCUGAGAAAAUAAAGUACAUUUACCCUUAAGCUGCAAUUAGUUCAUAGGUUACCAAAGGGUGAAACAUAUCCCGUUAGGAAAUUCCCAUAAAACAAGAACCAAAGAUAUAUAACCAAGGGGAUUCAAUAAGAGUACUAGGCAGGGCACCAGAUAAUAGCUGCUAACUAUCGAGACGAGAGGAUAUCACCCGAAGUAAUGAUGCUCGGAGGCCAAGGCCAAAGGCUAAUUAUUUCACACCCCUUUCCGAUAACCUGCUACACUGUAAAAUCUUCCCACUCAUUGCACCAUUUCUCCCUAAAAGUACCUGGAAGACCCAAGCUGGUCCAUCUCCCUCUAGCAUCCAGCAGGUCUGACCAAACCCAUCAGUACAAGCCACAAACAAAAACCCAAGACGACGGAAUCCCAAUCGAUGAUGUCAAAGUCAUUGCCAAAUUCAAAACGAGGCACAACUAUAUCCGUGUCCUACAAGUUUCUCGAAGCGCCGACCACCCGUUUGCCGGCUCUAGGCUUCUACUCCUCGAUUCCCCUGGAAACAUCCACAGCAUUUCAUUCCUCUUCAAAUCACUUACCAACACUUACUUUGACGUUUUUGCUACCUUACCUCCCAUUUUACCCCCUGGACCUGUUGGUAUUCUAGGUUUUGGGGCAGGUUCCGCAGCUCGCCUGAUGCUUGAAUUAUACCCUGAAUUGAGAAUACAUGGAUGGGAACUUGACCCCUCCGUGGUUGAAGUUGGAAGAGAAUAUUUUGGCCUUGAAAAGCUUGAAAAACAAUACCCGGAUAGGCUUUACAUUUACAUUGGAAACGCAUUGAAAGCUAGUAUUAGAAACGGGUUUGCAGGUAUUUUAGUGGAUUUAUUCUGUAAAGGCAGUUUGAUACCGGAGCUUCAGGAUCCAACCACGUGGCAGAAGUUAAGGAAGAGCCUGAGGAAAGGCGGGAGAAUCAUGGUGAACGUAGGUGGUAGUUGCGUGGAGGCCGAGGAUGAACGGAGAAAUGGGAAGAUGGUGAUGGAAGAGACUUUGAAGGCCAUGCAUAGGGUUUUCGGUGACAAGCUUUUCGUUUUGAAUCUUGGGAAUGGAAAGGAUGACGAUAGUUCCCUCGCUUUAACCGGUGAAUUGGCGGUGUCCGAUCUUGAUGCCUGGAAGAAGAAGCUUCCGCGUUCUCUAAAGGGUUACGUUGACAUGUGGGCUGCAUAUCAGGAUUCAUAAUCAAUGUAAGAGGGAUAUAUUUACAUAUCAACAUUCGUCUUACCAUGAAUGCCCAACUUGGUUGGCAUUUUCACUCAUUUUGUAUGUUGUGUUGUUUUAUAACAUCAUUACCUUUUGCUUUA